AUGUCUAUGCCGUCCUGCUGUUCGUCUAGAACCCUGCGAUCCGUGCGUUUUGCGAAUCUGUGCCACGUUCCCCUUUCCCUCUCGCCCCCUCUACCCCUUGUCAAGACAGUCCUACUCGAAUCCUGCUUGGAUUUAGUUCGCUUCUUCUCUACCCUUCCUUACGAUCCGCUCCUCUCCCAUCCUGCCUUCCUUUCCUCUCCCUUCCUGCCUUCCUGUCAUCUCCCUUGGCCUCAUUUCCUCUCCCCUCCCGCUUUCAACUACUCUCCCUUUCUUGCCUUACUCUCCUUUUCCUUCCUGCCUUCCUCUCCUCUCCCUUCUUGCCUUCAUCCCCUCUCCUUUCUUGCCUGCAUCUCCUCUCCCUUCCUGCCUUCCGCUGCUCUCCCUUCAUGCUUUCUUCUCCUCUCCCUUCCUGCCUUCAUUUCCUCUCCCAUCCUGCUCUCCACUCCUCUCCCUUCCUGCAUUAUCCCCUUGCCCUUCCUGCCUUAUCCCGUUUCUCUUCCUGCCAUCCUUUCCUCUCCCUUCCUGCCUACUUCUCCGCUCCCUUCCUGCAUUCAUCUCCUCUCCCCGAACUUCGUUUCCGCUCAAAUCCCUUUACCGCCUUCAUUUCAAUUCCUUUCAUGCCUUCAUGUCCUCCCCUCCUCUCCCAUCCUGCUCUCCUCUCCUCUCCCAUCCUGCUCUCCUCUCCUCUCCCAUCCUGCUCUCCUCUCCUCUCCCAUCCUGCUCUCCUCUCCUCUCCCAUCCUGCUCUCCUCUCCUCUCCCAUCCUGCUCUCCUCUCCUCUCCCAUGAUGCCCUCUCUUGUCCUAUCCUGCUGUAUUCCCCACCCAGGCGUGGCGCACGGUGUGAGCUCCGGAAUCCGCACGCGUGGCGCACGGUGCGUGCGCAGAGUCCUACUCGACUCCUGCUUGUGUUUCAUUUGCUCCUUCUCUACCCUUCCUCUCAUUCCGCUCCUCUCCCUUCCUGCCUUCGUUUCCUCUCCCUUGCCCUCAUUUUUCCCGUUUACUCCCUUGAACUACUCUCCCUUUCAUGCCUUCAAGUAUUCUCCCUUUCAUGCCUUCAAGUACUCUCCCUUUCAUGCCUUCAAGUACUCUCCCUUUCCUGCCUUGAUCUCCUCUCCCUUGCUGCCUUCCUCUCCUCUACCGUCUUGCCUUCAUAUGCUCUCCCUUCCUUCCUUAGCGUGCAACCGCCUUCUUGCCUUCAUUUCGAUUCCUUUCAUCCCUUUAUGUCCUCUCCCAUCCUGCUCUCCUCUCCUCUCCCAUCCUGCUCUCCUCUCCUCUCCCAUCCUGCUCUCCUCUCGUCUCCUGCUCUCCUCUCCUGCUCUCAUAUCCUCUCCUGCUCUCAUAUCCUCUCCUGCUCUCGUAUCCUCUCCUGCGCUCAUAUCCUCUCAUGCUCUCAUAUCCUCUCAUGCUCUCAUAUCCUCUCCUGCUCUCAUAUCCUCUCCUGCUCUCAUAUCCUCUCCUGCUCUCAUAUCCUCUCAUGCUCUCAUAUCCUCUCCUGCUCUCAUAUCCUCUCCUGCUCUCAUAUCCUCUCCUGCUCUCAUAUCCUCUCCUGCUCUCAUAUCCUCUCCUGCUCUCAUAUCCUCUCCUGCUCUCAUAUCCUCUCCUGCUCUCAUAUCCUCUCCUGCUCUCAUAUCCUCUCCUGCUCUCAUAUCCUCUCCUGCUCUCAUGUCCUCUCAUGCUCUCAUAUCCUCUCCUGCUCUCAUAUCCUCUCAUGCUCUCAUAUCCUCUCCUGCUCUCAUAUCCUCUCCUGCUCUCAUGUCCUCUCAUGCUCUCAUAUCCUCUCCUGCUCUCAUAUCCUCUCCUGCUCUCAUGUCCUCUCAUGCUCUCAUAUCCUCUCCUGCUCUCAUAUCCUCUCAUGCUCUCAUAUCCUCUCCUGCUCUCAUAUCCUCUCCUGCUCUCAUAUCCUCUCCUGCUCUCAUAUCCUCUCCUGCUCUCAUAUCCUCUCCUGCUCUCAUGUCCUCUCAUGCUCUCAUGUCCUCUCAUGCUCUCAUAUCCUCUCCUGCUCUCAUAUCCUCUCCUGCUCUCAUAUCCUCUCCUGCUCUCAUGUCCUCUCAUGCUCUCAUAUCCUCUCCUGCUCUCAUAUCCUCUCAUGCUCUCAUAUCCUCUCCUGCUCUCAUAUCCUCUCCUGCUCUCAUAUCCUCUCCUGCUCUCAUAUCCUCUCCUGCUCUCAUAUCCUCUCCUGCUCUCAUAUCCUCUCCUGCUCUCAUAUCCUCUCCUGCUCUCAUAUCCUCUCCUGCUCUCAUAUCCUCUCCUGCUCUCAUAUCCUCUCCUGCUCUCAUAUCAUCUCCCGUGCUGCCCAAUCCUAAUCGGAAUUUGCAUGGGUUUCCUUCGCUUCUAUCUCCUCCCUGUCCUCUUUAUCCCUGCAUGCCUUCAUCUCAUCUCGCUCACUGCCUUCCUCUUCUCUCCCUCACUGCCUUCCUCUCCUCUCACUUACUGCCUUCCUAUCCUAUCCCUUCAUGCCUUCAUCUCCUCUCCCUUCCUGUCCUCCCCUCCAUCUCCCUUUCUGUCCUCCUCUCCCCUCUCCGUUUUUGUCCCCCCCUCCCAUCCUCCUCAGUGUCCACACCUCUCCUCUCCCGCUCCGUCCUCCACUGCUCGCUUCUCCACCCAUGUUCGCAGGCGUGUCGCGCAGUGGGAUCUCAGGAAACAGUAGGGUCGCGCAACAUGUGGGUUCCGGAAUCCGCAUGCCAACCCCCCGCGGUGCGUACGCGGAAAUCUCGCUUCCCCUUCCCCUUCCUCUUCCUCACCCUGCCUUCCUCUCCUCUCGCUUCCUGCCAUAAUCCCAUCUCCUGUCCUGCCUUCAUCUCCUCUCCCGUCCUGCCUUCAUCUCCUCUCCCGUCCUGCCUUCAUCUCCUCUCCCGUCCUGCCUUCAUCUCCUCUCCCGUCCUGCCUUCAUCUCCUCUCCCGUCCUGCCUUCAUCUCCUCUCCCGUCCUGCCUUCAUCUCCUCUCCCGUGCUGCCAUCAUCUCCUGUUCUGGCCUGCCUCCCUCUCCUCUCCCUUCCUGCCUCCCUCUCCCCUCUCUUUCUGUCCUCCCUUCUCCCCUCUCCUUCUGUCCCCCCUUCUCCCCUCUCUUUCUGUCCUCUCUCUUCUCCCGUGCUGCCUUCCCGCUCCUCUCCCUUUCUUUUCCUUUCCCUCCGCUCUUCUUCGCUAUUACAUCCUGUACAUUCAUGCAGAUAA